CCCGCGUGCAUGCGUCCAGAUCUCUUGAACCAGGUGGAAAAUCUUGAGCGGGAUCUAAACAGACUCGAUGAUCGGAUCAGGCGGGAGGGGCAGCGUGAACUGGACGAGUUCUCCAGGCGGCUAGAGGCCUCUGGCAACCGUGACAGCACCCUAACCGAACAAGCGCGCAACGCAACCGAAACCAUCAGAAACAUCCGGUUUGUUCAUUUCAGUCUGAAGGAGGAAGCAGCUGAGGUGCGAGGCACGGUUCAGGACAUCGACACAAUUCUCCGUUCCCUUGAAUUCGACGCCGAAGCUCUCGCCCAGAGCACCCGCAGAGCCUUCGACAAACUCAACUCUCAACUUAAGAGACUGAAAGACGUCAUGGCGACGCAAAAGGAGGCACUGAAGUCGGAAAUUGAUCACGUCCAACGUCUGACAAUGGACCAGCGUCAACGCCUAGCAAAACUGAACGAGGCCAUAGAGAACGCGCCUGACGUGGGUGCCGAACAGUCGAAAUUGGAGGGCAUUUUACGCGACUGGAACGAUGCACUUUCCCGGGGAGCUGGGCCAACGAUAAUUGUCUCGAAUCUAGACGACUUUCCUAAACACGACGGCUCUGCCUGCUCCAGAACGCCUGUCAGCCAAAUACAACCUAAGCUUUCAGUAGUCUAA